UCGCCUCUACGAUUGUCUGUUGGGCGGACGGGCUCAUUGCCAAAUUGGCGGAAGUCACGAUAAUUGUGGCAUGUGGAUCGUCGAUACAUCCGCUUAUUUCCGACGCGAUGAGGACCCAGUUGGAAGACGACGGUCUAAGAGCAGCCGCCCAACUUCCAGGUUUGGUUAGAGCUUCAUGGCCAGCUUACAUACCCCCUCAUAUCCAAUACUUGUAUAGAAAAGUGGUCGAUGGUGCUUUUCGCGAUUAGCUCUCCUAAUACCUCUCCGGCUGCCAAGCGACUUGCUAUACAGUUAUUAUUUGCUGUCUACAUUGUUAUACCUCGCCUCCAGAGCUACGAUCCUUGGGGUGACUGCGAUACGUACACAGUGUAUCUCCUGUUCUCGACGUGAGGAGCCUUACAAUUCUUGUAGUCCUCAAGCAGCGGAACUUUUAAAAAUCUUGAACGAUUACAUCCUCUUGAUCCCGGUCAAUGAGUCCUCGAUCCUUUAUUCAACACAGGCGCUCAC